UUCAGAUCGAAUCCGUGGAGCAACGCACGAAGGCUGUAGAGGUAUCUUCUUGUAGAAGAGGCUCGACCAUGACGGCGGAAAACAACGGAAGGAUGAACAGGAUUCCUACUAGCCCUCCUGGAUCCCCAGUUAAGGAACCCCAAAAGUAUCGAGAACGUGAGAAAUGGGGUAACAAGAUCGAAUUUGUUUUAUCUUGCGUGGGUUUCUGCAUCGGACUCGGAAACGUCUGGAGGUUCCCCUACCUAUGUUACAAAAAUGGGGGAGGUGCAUUCUUAAUUCCGUACCUCAUCUGCCUCAUUGCUGGUGGUGCUCCAGUUUUCAUACUUGAAAUCGCUCUUGGGCAAUUCACAAGCCAAGGAGGCAUUACAGUCUGGGAGAUAUGUCCAAUAUUCAAAGGCAUUGGAUAUGGAACAACAGUGAUUUGCUUCUUUCUGAAUGUAUAUUACAUAGUAGUGCUCAGCUGGGGAUUGCUGUAUUUGUAUUACAGUUUCACGCACACUUUACCUUGGGCUACAUGUGACAACGACUGGAACACUGAAUCCUGUCUUACUGUAAAAGAGUUGAAUGCUACACUGUCCAAUCUAACUUCUGGAGAAGUGGCAGAUAGUCCAAAAGUGGAUGCUGCUGUUGAGUUCUGGGAACGAAAGGUUCUGCAAAUCUCUUCUGGCAUUCAUGAUCCCGGAACUAUCCGGUGGGAAUUGGCCUUAACAUUAUUUUUAGCAUGGAUCAUUUGCUACUUCUGUAUAUGGAAGGGAGUGAAAUGGACAGGAAAAGUUGUGUACUUUACUGCAACAUUUCCUUAUGUUAUGCUCACUAUUCUCUUGAUUCGUGGUGUUACUCUUAAUGGUGCAAUGAAAGGAAUAAUAUUUUAUCUUAAGCCCGAUUUCACCAAACUUUUAGAUGGACAGGUAUGGAUUGAUGCAGGAACUCAAAUUUUCUUCUCUUAUGCCAUUUCAUUAGGCUGUAUGACAGCACUUGGUAGUUACAAUGAUUUUCAUAACAACUUUUACAGGCAAUGUAUAUUCAUAGCUUGUUUAAAUAGUGGAACAAGCUUGUAUGCUGGCUUUGCAAUUUUCUCUGUGCUUGGUUUCAUGGCCACUGAACUUGGUGUUGAUGUUGAAUAUGUUGCAGAAAGUGGUCCUGGCUUAGCCUUUAUAGCAUAUCCUAAAGCAGUUACACAGAUGCCAGUGGCUCCUUUAUGGGCAAUCUUGUUUUUCUUCAUGAUAUUAAUGUUGGGUUUGGAUAGUCAGUUUGUUGCAAUUGAAGGCUUUGUUACUGCAAUUGUAGAUAUGUUUCCAAAAUAUCUGAGGGUUGGGUACAGAAGAGAGUACUUCAUUGCUGCAACUUGUUUUGUGUCAUUCCUUAUCGGUCUAUCAAUGGUGACUAAUGGUGGUAUGUACGUGUUCCAAGUGUUUGACUAUUACUCGGCAAGUGGUAUGACUCUGCUGUGGUUCUGUGUCUUUGAGUGCGGAGCUGUUGCCUGGGUAUACGGUGUAAAUCGAUUCUAUGACAACAUUGAAGAAAUGCUGGGUUUCCGGAUUAACCCAUGGCUCAUGAUAUGCUGGAAAUUCCUAUCUCCUCUUGUUACUGGUGGCAUUUUCAUCUUCAGCUUGAUAACAUACAAGCCAGUAACAUACAACAAAGAUUAUGAAUACCCAGGCUGGGCUAUUUUCAUUGGUUGGUGCAUGGCCCUUUCAUCUAUGUUAUGUGUGCCAGUUUGUUUCUUGUAUCAGAUUUUUAUAACACCUGGCACAUUAAAACAGCGUUGGAAGAUUUUAACUACACCUCGUCUACCAAUGGCUCUACCAGUGCAUGCUACAGAUCCAGAUGAUUGUCCUAAAGAUGGCAAAAUGAAGACCAAUAAUCACUAUGAGCAGUCAAAGUUAUAGGUUUUUCAGGCCUAAGCUUUAAAAUUUUAGGUGACUGUCAGUUUCACGUUUCAGUUAGGGUGGUUAUACACAGACAGCUAGCUGUAACAAGAUAUAGAUAUAAGCACUUGUAGGCCACUGCAUGUCCUCACUUGAUUCAGUGGCUGUAAGAUGUUACAGAACUUUCCAUUAUACCAUUAAUUUUUAGCUAGCUGUUAUCCUUUUUUUCACAUGAACAAACACUUUACAUAUACAUAUUACCUAUUUUCUAAGAAUGUAGGAUUAUUUGAAGAUUGCAUUUAAUUUUUCAUUUUUAAUAGUAAGAAGAGUUAAAAACAUUUCAUUUGCUCUUGUAGAGUUUUUGGAGGUAAUACAUUAUUUAAUAUUGUAAAAUCCUCUGCAGUUCAUUUAAAAACAAUCAUAAAAAUUUUUAAGGCAUUAUGUAAAUUUUAUAACAUUUGGCAUUUAUAAAUCGUUGAACAGUCGUUGACAGUUACAAUUUUUAAUACCGGUGAUCUCUAGCCUUUAGGAAAGAGUCAAGUAUAAAAAUUUUAUCCCUGUAAAUUUAAAAUUUUAAAUUUAUGGAGUGUAAUAUUUCUUUCUGCAUAAUGAUGAACAGUUUUCUAGCAAAAAACAACUUAUUUUAUAAUUUUUAAAUUCCCCAAAUUAUAAAAUUUUAACUAUUUUAUGCGGUUUUCUAAUAAUGUACACUGUAUUAUAUUCAGAAAAUCAAUAAAAUGUUCCAGAAGUUGGUUGACAACUCACAAAGCAGUUUUUUUAACAAAACAUUACUAAUAUUUUAAACUUUUUAUUUAGGUAAAAGUACCUGUACUUUGUGGUGGAAGAAUGUACUUUAAGAAAGGUUAAGAGAUAUUUUAUCAUAUUUUAAAGUUUAGAAAUAGUAAACAUAUUCUACUAAAAUAAAAAACUGUGACUAGUCAUGGCUUUAUUCCAAAUGUUUAUGGAUUGUGUUGUCUUAAUUGUACAAACCAUUUUCUCAGAUCUGAAUUAGUAUCAGGUGCAAUGAAAUGUAUAUUUGCAAGUUUAUGUUGGGAAUAGUUAGGUAUAUGUUGAUUGAUGCAUUAUUUAUCAUACCAUAUUUUCACGUGUUUUCUUCUUAGUUUUUUUAUGGAUGUAUUUAUAAAUGUAUGAUAUAAAGUUCCCUGUCAGUCAUAUAUAAGAUAAGUAUCAUUAUGCAAACAGAAAAAAGCUGGGUAGUAUUAUUUAUACAGCUAUUUGAAUCUGAUUUAAAAGACUUGGAAAAUUGUUUUGUUUUAUGUGAAAUGUGAGAAAUUAUUUGAGGUAUUUUGUAAAUAUUUCAAAUAAAUUUCUGUUUCUUGUAAUAUGAAAAAUUUUGUUUUAAUUAAAUUUCUAAUUUUGUUGGG